AAGUUAUAAUGCCAUGAAUAACCAAAUAUAGUUCAUUGAAUGGAAGUGGUAAUAAUAAACCAAUUGUAUAUGCAUGUGUCUUCAGUUUGCGGAGAGACCUUGCUACCCUAGGGCGAUCCUACAGCGAAAUAGAUACAUUAUAAGUAUUCUCUCUGAUUCUAAGACCAUAAGCUAUUUUGUUAUUAACUGUAAAAAUGAACGAAAUUGUUGUUUGUAGUGUUGCAAACAGCAUGAGGCGUGUAUUCAUAGCAGAGACGCCGACAAUGGCUAUUGAUUGGGUCCAACUGGAAGCCAAUUCAACAGUUCUCAGUGACGAGUUUCUAGCUUCCAGGAUUGGGUUGAUACCUCUCACUUCUGAUGAAGUUGUAGAGAGAAUGCAGUAUGCUCGUAACUGUUCAUGUGUGGACUUCUGCCCGGACUGCAGCGUCGAGUUCACAUUGGAUGUGAAGUGCACCGACGACCAGACGCGUCACGUGACUACAGCCGACCUCAAGUCCAACGACCAGAGAGUCAUCCCCGUCACCUCCACUAACAGAGACAGCGACGGCAACGGAUACGGCGAAACCGAUGACAUUCUGAUAGUGAAAUUGCGAAAAGGCCAGGAGCUGAAGCUGCGUGCCUAUGCGAAGAAGGGCUUCGGCAAGGAGCACGCCAAGUGGAACCCGACGACGGGCGUCUGCUUUGAGUACGACCCAGACAACUCGAUGCGCCACACACUCUUCCCCAAGCCCGACGAGUGGCCCAAGAGCGAGUACACCGAGCUCGAUCAACAUCAAUAUGAAGCUCCAUUCAAUUGGGAAGCAAAACCAAAUAAAUUUUUCUUCAAUGUUGAAAGCUGCGGAGCUCUGAAGCCUGAAAACAUAGUUACAAUGGGAAUCGCAAUUCUGAAAAACAAACUAUCAGACCUCCAAAAUCAAUUGAGUAAUGACUUCAGAGGAGAUGCUGCUCUCGCCAUCAACUAGAACUAGUUCAAUAUCAAGUAAAAAUUGUUUAUUGAUUUUUUAAUUGUAUUAAUUCAAAUGUGGGUUUCCUUCUAAAGAUAUUAUGUGAUAAUACAGUAAUAAUUUUUAUUCCUUUAUCAAUGAUUUGAUUCCUUUUAGCUGUUUGUGCGAUGUGCGUCAAAUGUAUUAUUAAGAGUAUGCUAUCUAAUUUUUUAUAUAAAUAAAAAUAUUGACUGGCCAA